CAUACACAGGUAGUUGAAUUGCUGAACCUUGUUCUCACUUCUCCAUUAACUGUUUUUUACUAGAUCCCGUUGUUUAGUUAUAAAAAGCUAUCCAAGUUGAAUUCACAUUAAUUCUCAUCUCUUCGACCUUAAUUCUCUUAGAAUUGUUAUCUAUAGCUCGUUAUGAGGAGAGCACAGAGCAUGGCUCAUGCAGCAUGGAGGCGUCCCACCAUAGACUUGUCUUCCUGGUAAUGAAUUGUACCCCGUCAUCGUGGCUCAGCUGCUCGAUCAAACUCGAAUGAAGAAGGAAGUCCCAUAGAAUCUAGCCCCAAGAAAGAAGAAGCGUUUAAGCCUCUUCUAACACCUGCCCCUUCAAGUACAAAAGAAACCAUAGAGCUUCCUGUGUCUUCAUCAGUUGAAUGGACUACAGAAAUCGAGUAUCCGUGUUCCGAUGAUGAACGGCAUCACAAUAGAGACGUUGAUCUCAAAGAUGGUGAGGAGCUUAUAAGCCACAACUCACAUGACGACCGCAUGAAUGAAGUUGAGUUGUGGCAACAACUAGAGCAGGAGCUUUACGAUAAGCCUGAAGGUGGCGAGACUGAUGUUGUUAACCAAAUAAGGGAAGAAGAAGAGGCAGCCAUUGCAGAGGUGAGAGGUGAGGGGCAGUCAGAUACUUCGGUUCCAGAAACAAAGGAAGUGCACCGGUUUUUCCCUGCUGGAAAGAUAAUGCAUAUAAUUACAGUUCAGUCUGAUGAGGUGGAGUCUAAAGGUGAUAGUUCGAGCUCCAGUGACUCCGAUAAUGGGCUAAGAACAAUGGAUCCUAAGAUUGGGAUCUUCCUUACACCAAGAUCAUUGUACAGUAAAUUGCGGCUUUCCCAGAGCAUGAUAAGUGAUCAUUUCAUGCCUUUUUAUAGAAGACAGAUAGAACAGCUAAUAAAGGAGCUUGAAGAGGAGCAAGCUCAGAAUGUUGAGAACCAGAACGAUCAUGGUGGAUAUUCUGGAGAGGUAGUGUUAUAGGAAAUCAAUGCUCUUUUUUCUUUUUUAUGCAAACAAAU